AGUAUCUGCACUGCCGCUUAGAUUGAUUGAGCUGUUAUUAGUGUAAAUAGUAACGCUGAUUAGUGAAAGUUAGACUGAGCUAGUUAGUUGUGGUUGUAUGUUUAAAUCAAAUUUGGCUAUGAGUUCGUUUCCGUCAAACCGAGUCGUAGUCCUGGUUGACAUGGAUUGCUUCUACGUCCAAGUUGAACAACGUCGGGACUCGAGUUUAAAAGGAAAACCGUGCGCCGUGGUGCAAUACAAUCAGUGGAAAGGAGGAGGGAUUAUUGCUGUCAGUUAUGAAGCAAGAGAUGAGGGUGUCACACGGAAUAUGAGAGGAGAUGAUGCUAAAGCCAAAUGUCCUGAAAUUAUUCUGUGCAAAGUACCCAUGGCAAAUGGGAAAGCUGAUUUAACAAGGUACCGAGAUGCUGGUGCUGAAGUGAUUCAGGUUUUGCUUCAAUUUGGCGGAGUGGUUGAGAGGGCAAGUGUUGAUGAGGCUUACAUUGAUCUUACUUCUGUUGUGGAUGCAAGUAUGAAAGAGAAAAGAAUACUACCUGAUUUAGAACAGAUGGGAAAUACUUAUGUGGUUGGAUAUCCGAAAGAUUCUUGUGAUGAUACUACAAACGCAAGAGAAUCAGGAUUAUCGGCGUAUCGGGACAGCGCAAACUCAGACCCAGAUGCAGAGAGAUUGUUGGUUGCUGCAGCAAUUGUGGAAAAGAUGAGGUUGGCAAUUUAUCAGCAAACAUCUUUUCGUUGCUCUGCUGGGAUCUCUCAUAAUAAGAUGCUUUCAAAGCUUUCAUGUGGAAUAAACAAACCAAACAAACAGACCAUUCUCCCUUUCAACAUGGUGGCCGGUCUGUUUCAGACAAUCAAGAUUGGAAAAAUAAGGAACUUGGGAGGAAAGUUGGGGAAAGAAAUCAUGUUCAGGUUUGGAGUGGAGAAGAUAGGUCAUCUUACCAAUCAGACAAAGCAACAUUUAGUUGAUGGAUUUGGAGAAAAAACAGGGUUGUGGUUGUAUGAAGUAUGUCAUGGGAUUGAUCAUGAACCUGUGAAGGAACGACAUGUUGCGCAAUCUGUUGGAUGCAGUAAAAAUUUCACAGGCAAUGAUGCUCUUGGAUCUCGUAAUAAAGUAAAGCAUUGGGUUCGAUGCCUGACGACAGAACUUGUCGAGCGAUUGAACAAAGACAAGCAAAUGAACAACAGAGUUUCUCAUGCUCUAACAAUUCAUAUCGGAAUUAAAAAACCAAUUUCAAGAACUUGCCCGAUCAGCCGUUAUGAUGUUGAUGACAUCACAAUGAGGUGUUUAGCGACUUUGGAAACACUUAACACGAACCAGGACAAAGAGUCAGAUACUUGGUCACCAAAAAUCACAAAUAUUGGGAUUUCAGCCAAAAAUUUUCAAUCCAUUGGUAAAUCAUCAGAAUCAUCUUGUAAUGUUGCAACAAUGCUUGCAUCUGCUAAAGCCAUAAAACCAGCAAAUAAGAUACCUGAAAAAACGAAAGAAAUUUCGACAAAGAAAAAAAGAAAUUCUCUCGAUACAUUUCUUGUUUCUCCAAGCAAAUCAGCGGUGCAACAACAAGAUCCUAUGUCUGAAGAAAAUAAUCUGGCCAAAAAGUUCAUGUUCUCAACAAGUAGUGCCUCAAAUUGUGGCAAUCAGACCGAAUCUGGUGUCAGUAAAAAAAAGUCAUUUUUUGCACAUUUGGAAAACAAAUCAGGUGAUGGGGCUUCAUGUAAAAUAGAAGCCGCUUAUUUGGACAGCAAGCAAAAUAGAAGCACUGGUCAGUUAACGCUUCAAGAAGCUGUAAAGCAAAACAACAAAUCUUCGCAACGAAUCAAUGGACUUCCUGCUUUGAGUCAACACACUUAUGACAUGAAAAAGGUGGAUAUGAAUAUUUUCAAUUCAUUACCACAGUUUUUACAAGAAGAGAUUCGUGCUGGAAGUAAACCUUCAACAUCCGAGUCCCCUUCUAAAAAGAUAAAACUUGCACAAAGUCAACCUACAAGUGGUCAGAAAUCUAUAACUGGAUUUUUCGGUUCUGGGAAACCACAACUCAGCAGUGUUUUGGUUCAAAAAUCUAAACCAAAAAGUGAUCAAAAGAAUUUAGGCAUCCAAACUAAAGGUGCUGAAAAUGUUCCUUUGGGGAAUGCUACUUCUGUACCAAUGGGAUAUUUCCGAGCACGUACACAAGCAGCAGCCGCAAUACAAGAUGCAUUAAAGAAGCAAAGAUUAAAUACAAAGUUAAAACCAACUUCCACCCAUGACCUUACUACCUCUACGAAUAAAAAACAGAACCCAACCAACAGCCAUAAGUUCUUUGAGCCACAAAAACGUGCCACACCAAAAGCGAAUGGAAGUUUAUGGAGUUCAUUUGUUCAAGAAGAAACUUACCACUGUGACCGCUGCAGCACUAAUGUUGCAUUAACAGAAAUAGAAACUCAUUCAAACUUUCAUGCCCUUCAAGAUUUGAAUGCAAAUUGAGACUCUUACUUUUGUUGCCUUUGUUUCUUUCAGAGUUUAUUAUAUCUGUUGUACUUCCAAAUUGCAUGACAUAUUAUUAAAUGUUUUUUUCUAUAAAU